UAACCAAAUAAUCAAACAUAAUUACCCCGAACCUAAACGGUGCGUUUAAGUUCACGAAUUAAGAAAUCAAUCUUCACUGUACACAGAGAGAGUGUAAGAGUUUCCAGCACAGAUUCAGAUCGAGAUUGAAGUGAAUUGGUUGAUCGUACUUGGUGGUUGCAUCACGCAACUCCACUUCUUACAAUCAAUCCUCUUUGCUUCAAUUCAAAUCAGGUUUUGAAAAUCUUACAAACAUGAAUUUCUUGAUGCGUUCCGCAACACACGUACAUUCAGAUAAAGAUAAAGAUAAAGCUAAACCUUCAUCGACUCCGGAGCCUCGUGUUGAUGCGCUUCCUCCUCCUUCUCCUCCUCCUCGGCCUGUUCAUGGCUCUCACUCUUUGGAGAGUUUGUUGUCCGAGAAUCCGUAUGCGAGGUAUGGUACGACGGUGGAGCAGUUUGAGGGAGAGAUGGAUGGGGAGAAUGGAGUUUGUGAUUUGAAAAAUGAGGCGAGUUUGUUGGCUAAGCAUUUGGAUGUGACGGAAGAAGAAGGAUGGAUUGCUAUUCCUUAUAAAGAGCUUCCUGAAGACUGGAAUCACGUAUCAGAUAUCCAAUCCCUGCGUCCUCUAGACCGUUCCUUUCUCUUUCCUGGUGAACAAGUUCAUAUUGUGGCAUGCUUGUCUGCAUGUAAGCAAGACACAGAGAUUAUCACCCCCUUUAAAGUUGCUGCCGCGAUGAGUAAGAAUGGCAUAGGUCACAGCCCUAACAAAGAAAACGGGAACAUCGAGCACAGAAAUAAUUCAGUUGCUGGAGAAGAGCAACUUAGUUCUAGUGGUCAAGAUGAGAACAAGGAAAACCUGCCAAAGGCAAAGGCUGAUCACCCAUCAGAUGUUUCUUCUGGUGAAUCCCUUCUAAGAAUGGAGGUUCAUAAAAGACAGACUGCAUCGUUGUUGGACAAAUUCAAGAGUUCACACUUUUUUGUGAGGAUUUGUGAGUCUGAUGAGCCACUUUGGUCUAGACACGGUUCUUCAAAAAAAUCCAUCUUCUCUGAAACAAAUGGCCAAAAGAUCUCAUCAAUUGAAGUGAAAGAAACUGUAAAACAUGAGUCUUCUAUUAGUGCAGUUAUUGAUAGGGCAAAUUUUGAUGCAACUAUUUCUGGUGGAGUGGCGAGGAAUUCUGUGAAGUGUUGUGCCCUACCUAAUGGAGACAUAGUGGUUCUUUUACAGGUGAAUGUUGGUGUUAAUUUUCUUAGAGACCCUUGUAUAGAAAUUCUUCAAUAUGAAAAAUAUGAAGGGAAAAUAUUGUCUUCUGAGAGCCAGGGCAAUUCACUUUAUACAAAUCAGGAUCCAUGUGGAGACCUAUUGAAAUGGAUACUUCCAUUAGAUAACAAUCUUCCCUCUGGGUCUCGCCCAUUAUCUCCCUCUCCUUUGCCUACAAACUCCGGAAUCAGUAGCACCUCUCAGAAGUACAAUUCUUCACCCUCAUCUGGCCCUCAGAUAUUCUCUUUUGGAAGCCAUUUUAGAAGUUACUCCAUGUCAUCAUUACCCCAAAAUACUAUUCCGCCGCCUGGUCCUUUGAAAGCAGCUAGUUCUAAGCCAGAUUUUGACAUUGAUGAGUGGGACCAGAUCUCAUCUCAGAAGUUUUUAAGGAAAAAAAAUGAGGCCGAAGAACUUUUAUCUUUUCGAGGUGUCUCAUUGGAGCGAGAAAGAUUUUCUGUUUGUUGUGGAUUGCAAGGUAUCUAUACCCCAGGAAGAAGGUGGAGAAGGAAACUUGAAAUAAUACAACCUGUAGAGAUUCAUUCUUUUGCUGCUGACUGCAAUUCAGAAGAUCUUCUGUGCGUUCAAAUAAAGAAUAUUGCUCCUGUACAUGCUCCGGAUAUUGUCAUAUUUAUUGAUGCCAUUACAAUUAUAUUUGAAGAAGCAACAAAAGCUGGACCACCGUCAUCAUUACCAUUUGCAUGUAUUGAAGCUGGAAACGACCAUUCUUUACCAAAUUUAUCCCUCAGGAGAGGUGAGGAGCACUCUUUCAUCCUUAAACCUGCAACAUCUGUUUGUAAUCAUCUAAAGGUUCUGGAUGAAAGUCCCCACUUUUCAAAGUUGCAAUCUGGAAGCUCGGCAUCAAAAUCAAGUCUUUCUUCCAAUAGUCUUGACAGAAGUAAGAUUUCUUCUAUUGACGAUCAGUAUGCAGUUAUGGUGUCAUGUCGAUGCAAUUAUACAACAUCGAAAUUAUUUUUUAAACAACCAACCAGUUGGCGUCCACGUAUGCCGAGGGAUAUUAUGAUUUCUGUUGCAUCUGAGAUAUCAGGAGAGUCUCCAGGACCUUAUGAAAGAAAUUCCCAACUUGAUGUGCAGGUUUUAACUCUUCAAGCUUCAAAUUUGACAUCUGAGGAUCUAACAUUGACAGUGCUUGCUCCAGCAUCUUUUAUUUCACCCCCUUCAGUGGUUUCACUGAGUUCACCAGCCACUCCAUCGAGUCCUUUUAUUGGUUUCACAGAAUUUUUGGGAAGGAUAAGUGACGAUGGCAGACCUCAAACAGUUUCUAAGAAUGAUGAUGUCAUCCCUAAUUCUGGUGUGAGUUGUACACAUCUGUGGCUCCAGAGUAGAGUUCCACUGGGAUGUAUCCCAUCUCAAUCCACAUCCACUAUUAAGCUUGAGCUACUCCCAUUGACUGAUGGCACAAUCACGCUCGACUCUUUGCAAAUUGAUGUCAAAGAAAAAGGUGUUACCUACAUCCCUGAGCGCACACUAAAGAUAAAUGCAACUUCUAGCAUUUCUAAGGGGAUUAUUUAGUACAGACAAGUCGGUUGAAUUUCAUUGAACAUGUCAUCUGGCGCUGUAGAGGCAAAAUGGGAUGAUUUGUUUGCUUGCAUUUUAGCACUGCACUUGCGACUUGCAACUUGCUCCCAGCGGCACGAAAGUAUCUUCCCUUACUAGAGCGUUCUGAUGGAGUUGGUGUGAUUUUUUUGCUUGCGUUUUAGAACUGCAGUUGUGACUUGCUCCCUGUGGCACGAAAUUAUCUUCUCUUAAUAGAGCAUUGUGAUGGAGUUGGUGUGUUGAUUUAUUUUAGAAAUAGAGCUUCACUUGUGUAUUGUAAACCACGAGGUUAAGAUAGAUGAUUGUUUCAUACCCCUUAUAAGGGGAAGAGUGUAAUCUUUAUAGAUAAAUCUAUUUUUUUAUGAAGAUGUACGUAUGUGACUUCAUAUUUAAAGUAUUGUGGCAUCUGGAUCAUGGCAGAGGAAGGAAAGCAUUGUAACAUGGAUUUUAUUUUAUUAAAAUUAAUACACAUGGUUGAUGUGUCUCAAGUAA